AUGGCAUACCCGGAGAGGAACGGGCUAGCGGGUUUACGAAUUGAGACAUCGUUUGGUCAGAGAGGAUGGAGUGAUGGGAGGAGGAGGAGGUCGACAGCAGAUGGCGAUGGUAUCGAGAGCGACCGCACCAAAACUUCUCAUGAAUAUAGCGCGCACCGACGCGAUACUGAUGAAGAACGCAGUGUGUUAAGUGAUUUGCAUUCAGCCACCCCUCCCAUUUCGGUCCCUCGCCUCGAUGGUCGUCCAGUAGAUGAUGACGAAUUCCCCCACAAGCCAGACGAUGUACAGGGUUCACCGUUGGACAACUACAUCCAGACACGUCGCCCAUCUAUCACAUUCAAUCCCAAGGUGUCAUUUGAUUCCGGCCGUGAAGAGCCGCUGGGGGAACCGCUCGCCAAGGACGACGUGAGGAAUCGGCCCCCGCAGAAAUUUGAAUCCCGGACCUCUGGACUCCGCAACGCUCUUUCUCAAGAUGAGGUUCACCCGCCUCAAAUUCCACAGUCAUGGAGAUGGAACGCGAAUAAAUCUCCGGAUCAGCAGGGUAUACCAACGGGAGCCUUCCGGGCCCAACCGGUCUUACGCCCGGAAGAUGGGUCAAUCACCGGCACUGAACUCGAGCAUCCAACCUCGCUCACAUCGCUUUCUACAGCAUCCCCGGUUCAAGAAGAAGUGUGUACCCCUCCUGGAAGUACCAAAGAUGACCUACUAUCACCUCUCUACAUCACAUCGCCCACUCAAACCUACGCAUCCCCAGAGGAUCGCAGUUCGUGGUCCGGAGGGGUGAUGGCGUCCUUCGGAAGUAAGUCGCGCAGUUCGAAUCUUGAUCGCAGUAGCAGCCUGCGCAACACCCGCCAUAGCUCUCGGCGCUCUACCAACUCGAGUGGCAAGUCUCCCGCAAGCAUGUUUCUGUCCAUGUGGUCCAGUCAAAGCCAGACAGAUGAGCCCUCAGCACCAGAUGAAGAAGGUCAGCUUGUGGGAACUGACUAUGUUCUUGGAAAGCAAAUUGGCUUCGGAGGCUUCAGCACGGUCAAAGAAGCAUUUAAAGUCGAAGGACAAGGCAACACCAGGCGACUCGCUGUCAAAAUUGUUAAAAAGCUGGUGGCGGGCCGUACUGAGAGUGAAAACGAGGAUGUUCAGGCAGAAUUCGACCACGAAGUGCGAGUCUGGAGGUAUCUCAGCAAUCCGCAUAUAUUGACACUCGAUUCGGUGUACGAGACAGAUUAUGCCACAUUCUGCUUCACCAAACUUGCGAUUGGUGGGACUCUGUUUGACUUGGUCCGCCAAAACCGGCAAGGUCUGGACUCAGCGCUCGCCAAGAAGUAUGCAUACCAACUUGCUUCUGCGAUCCGCUAUUUGCAUCAAGAUGCCCGAGUUAUACACCGUGACAUCAAACUAGAGAACUGUCUCCUUGACCCUGUUACGGCUCCCGACGGUUCCUCUUCUUCAAAUCUAGUACUAUGUGACUUCGGAAUGGCCGAAUGGAUGGCUACCGACAACGGAGGCGAUAGUCCGGAUCCCUACGACGAAGUGGCAGAUCGUCCCCCGCCCAACAGAAUUGGACCAGCCGGUUCAAGUACUAGUGUUGCUGGUAGCCUCGAGUAUGCCUCCCCCGAAUUGAUCCAGUCAUCAGCUGGUGUGAUCCACCCUUCAGUUGAUAUCUGGGCCUUUGGCGUUAUCGUCUAUACGAUUCUCGUUGGGUCACGACCUUUCCAAGACUCAUUCACACCUCGUAUCCAAGCCAAUAUCCUUAGCGGUAAAUGGAACCGAGAUGCUGUCCUCGGUGACCUCACCGACAGAGUCUCCCUUCACGACCGCCGAGACGCCCUCGACCUGGUCAAAGGUUGCCUCGAAAUGGACGUCAACGAGCGAUGGACCAUCAAUGAAGUUCUCGACUGCGCCUGGCUACGGGAGGUCGCAAAUUCCAAUGAUAGCUCACCAGAAGCUAUGUGGGGCCUUUGA